AUGAAAUUAAAGGAAGCUUUCCUCUGGGUUAAUGUAUUUAUUUUUGUAUUAUCCGUUCUUUUAUGUGUAUUUUUUUUCGAAAAAAUAUGGAAUCUAGAUAGAACAAUUGUUAAUGAAUUUAAAGAAAAUUCGUGUUUUAUUGAUAGAAAUAUCAUUACUAAUAAAACUACUUUUUGGCCAUGCAACACAGAGAAUAACAAUUUGUGGUGGUACACAUAUUUUAAAGAUGACUAUUUUAAAAAAAUUGUAUUAAAGGGAAAAACACCCACAGAAAAUAAAGAUCCAGGAACUGAUGAAAAUAAUCCAAAUGAAUUUUCAAAUUGUUAUCAUGGUGUAACAAUGGUACAUUUUAAUUAUAGCAGUCCAACAGAUGGCAAAAUAUUAUUACAAAAGUCAAAUAUUACAGGUUUAUAUUCAUCAAACUAUACAUGGAUACAAGGUUAUAUGGUAAACUUUGAAAAUAAAGAAUCUUUUAAAUGCUAUUACAAACCAUUGAAUCCAUACCAAGUUUUACCAUUUCCACCAGAAAUUUCAAAUAUAGGUUUAUUAUGGGCUUGUAUUUUCUUGGGUUUAGCUGCAAUUAGUUUCAUUUCAAUUAUUAUUCUUUUCGUACAGAGAUAUAAAUAUAGAAACGAUAAAUAUCAAAACUUUUUAAAUAGCAAUAACAGAAAGAGUUUAGUUUUAAAUUUAGGUGGUAGUAGUGGCAAGAUAAGUACCGCUGGUAUCCCAUUAUCGAUAAACCCAAGUUUAAAUAGUAGUAGUGGUUUAAAUAACAGUGGUAGCUUUUCAUCCUCACCAAAACUAUCAUCCUCAAACGGUGUUGGUAGUGUUCCAAAAGGUAAUAUCAAAAACAGCAACAAUACAUCGUCAUCAAAAAACAGACAUAAUAUAAUUGAAUCAACUUUAGAAUUUAAAGAUUUCCAAUUUAACCUAUCUCAAGCUACAAACCAAAAACAGCCAAAACCAAUUCUUAAAAAUCCAUCUCCUCCAAGUAAUAUUUCAAGUAUUAAUACCAACUCACCUCCAAGAGAAAGUAAUAUAAAUGUAAAUAAUAAUAAUAAUAAUAAUAAUAAUAAUAAUAAUAAUAAUAAUACGAAUAAAAAU